AUGACAUUUUCAGAAAAUGACCAAGACGACGUGUUUGUGAGAAGGCCAUUACCGAAAAGCAAACACCGCGCUGUCCCUGGUGGUGGGAAGCAAUAUCAGCACCAACAGCAUGGCACAACACCCCACACACGCCCCAUCCCUACCGCAACCACAACCCCACAACAACAACCACAACAACAAUCAGCAGCCGAUUCAUCCGAUGGUUUCUCUGCCGCUGUUUCAUGGCCUAUCCUCUUAGCCAUUGUGCCCACAGUGGGUUCCUUUUUUGCUGGUAGUGCAGAUGCAUGGAGUGACUUUGUAAUGAUCCUCUUGAUUCUAUUUUAUGUGUAUAAAUGGAUGACAGUGCCAUGGAAUUAUUACGAAAGUGCACGUUCGAGACGUGUUAUUCAUCAACGAUCUACAUGGCGUGGUAGUGGUAUCGAUAGCGACGACAUUGAUAGCAAAAAGAAGCUUGCUGAAUAUGAACGACGCCAAGCUGUGGCUGAUGAACUUCGACGACACGAGUUGGCUGGACUCAUCUGGGUAGUCAUAUCACCUGUGGUUGCCGGCUACACGUUGCAGUAUAGUCGUUACUUUUUAAGCAACUAUGAACGCUAUAUGAGCUCUUUCAAUGUAUUUGUGUUUGUAUUGGCGGCAUCGCUCAAGCCUCUUGCCCACGUGCUUACCUUAUUACGAGAACGCACCUUAUACUUACAAAGCGAGAUGCAGAUCUCUGAGACCGAGGUACAGCUCUUGCAAAGAAAAGUUGACCUCAUGGAGGAGGAACUUGAUACAUUGCGUAAGGCUUUUGCAACCAAGAAGGACCUAGGCCAGGUCACUGAUGAUUUGAACCCCACCAUUCAGCGACUUACCAAGACCAUUCGUCGCUUUGAAAAGAAGGAAAGUGAUAUGCAAUCCUUGGCUGAUAACCGACUCGCUGUGAUUGAACAAAAGAUGCAAGACUUUGAUCAAUUUAUCUGCUAUCGUAUCGAGCAAGAGCAACGACAAUCGGCACAUGGCAUGGUCGUUACGCUGGUGUUAUUGCCACUCAACAUUACAUUGUGGAUCGCCAAACGUAUGACAGGGCUUUUACCAGUGCCACAUGCUCUUUUGGGCUCUUCAGCUUCAGCAGCAGCAUCCGCCGCAUCAGCUAAACCAGUGUUGCAUCACCAUCAUCAUCGGCCUAAAAUGUCUCUGCCGACGAAGCAUCUGACACAUCCCGAUAUUCGUCCCACAAUGCACGGGUCUACAGCACCCGAUCCUACGGAAUAUGUAACAAAGGAAGAGGCAACAAUGGCACUCAAUCAGCAGAGGUCCCUACAACGUUGA